ACUCCCAAGAUGGCGGCGGCGGCGGCGACUGGCAGUGUGCCGGUGCGGGUGUGCCACCAGGAGAUCGUCAAGUUCGACCUGGAGAUCAAGGCGGCCGUGCAGGACAUCCGGGACUGCCCGGGGCCGCUCAGCGCCCUCACGGAGCUCAACGCUGCGGUGAAGGAGAAAUUCCGGCACCUCCGCGGCCGCAUCCAGGAGCUGGAACAGAUGGCGAGGGAGCAAGAUAAAGAGUCAGAGAAACAGGCCUUGCUGCAGGAAGUGGAGAAUCAUAAAAAGCAAAUGCUCAGCAAUCAGGCGGCUUGGAGAAAGGCAAAUCUGGCUUGCAAAAUCGCUAUCGACAACUCUGAGAAAGAUCAGCUGCUGCAGGGAAGAGAUUCCUUAAGACAGAGAAAGACUACAAAGGAGAGUCUGGCAGAGAGUGCAAGUAACAUCACAGAGAGUCUGAUGAGCAUCAGCAGGAUGAUGUCACAGCAAGUCCAGCAGAGCGAGGAGACUGUGCAGACCCUGGCGAAUUCUUCACGAACCAUCCUGGAAGCAAAUGAAGAAUUUAAGUCCAUGUCUGGGACGAUUCAGUUGGGGCGAAAGCUGAUAACAAAGUACAACCGCCGGGAAUUGACUGACAAGCUGCUCAUCUUCCUUGCCCUUGCCUUAUUCCUGGCCACUGUGCUUUAUAUUUUGAAAAAAAGACUCUUCCCAUUCUUGUAAAAUUCCAAAGUUAAACUGGACUACAUUGAAAAAUCAGAAAGGGAUAGUGUAAUGUUGUUAGGCUUAUUAGAAAAGGGAUAUUGCAAUAGCUGAAAGAGCAUUAGAACAGGCAUGACUUCACACUGUCCCUGUGGAGCUCACAACCUGCCAAAGAAGAGCUUAAAUGACCACAGGUUGGGAAGAAGUGGUUAGAUGAAGGAGUGGAGAGAAGAAGCUCUGAUCUGCCUGUGGGUUUGGGUGUCCGGACAGACACUGAAGGAACUGUGCCCUCGGAGGUGCUGCUCUUACCUCAUCCUUUCUUCAUUUUGCCAUGAAAUUUACUUUUGUCUUUGGCUUGAAGUGGAAGCUGCAUUGAUACCCAAAUGCAGGGUGCUGAAAACAAGAGGAAGGAUGGAAGAGAGAAACACACAUACAUUCCAUGAAUAAACUAUUUAUUGUAUCCGUGUAAGCUGGGUUUUGUUUAAAAACAAGGUCCAAUGGAUUGAAAGAGCCAGGGUAACUUCCAUGUAGAAGUCCUGCCUAACACUUGCAGCAGUGGGUGCUUCUGGGAUGGAUUUUCCAGGGGCGUAGCACACUUGCUUUGUUCUCUGGUGUUGGGAGGACUGACCAAAGCAAAAAUGGAAGCCUCAUUUGUUACUAUUAAUUCAUGCAGCGUUGGAGAAUUACGUGGUUAACCUGCUGAAAUCAAAAGCCUUUUUUUCGUUUCUGUAUGAAAUUGCAUGAAAUAGUUUUGAUUUGCAAAGCACAGACAGGUUCUGCGUUUGAACGUUUCUGAAAGUUUAUAUUUUUCUCAGUAAAAUCUUCUACAGUGACCGCC